AUGCCUCAUCCCCUGACUUCCAAUCAACGCGGUUUUGAGGAAGGAAGCCAAUUCCCCUCGUCACCGACAACAUCAGCGGACUUCUUGCCUGGCGCAACGUUCGUCUGGCAACAAACUGGAACGUUAUCUUGUGACAUCAGUCUACAAAAGGAGCAACCGUCCGCUUCUCGGACGGGGUUCGGUGCCGGCAUGGGCAACGCAGAACGCUUACGCUUCCUUCUGCUGCAGAUUAGUCCUGUUUAUUUAGAAGUUGCUCGUUAUUCCUCGAAACGCCAGCCGGCAUCGUUCCACAGUGUCCUUGUAAACUUGUGUUCCUGGUGUCAGAAUUUUCUGUCAAAUCCUUGUACUACACUUGUAGAAUUGACAUUGAUUCUCUCCGGCGACGUCGAACUUAACCCCGGGCCCCUUACGGACGCCCAAAUCCAGAAAUUGCUGAAGGCAGUUGACCUACUACCAAAACUGGAUAAAGGACAGGGAACUCUAAUAAACGACGUGGCAGAAAUAAACCGGAAUCAGGUUCGACUCGACAAAAAAAUCGAAGCCCUGAGUAAGAAAUUUAUUGCGAUGGAAGCGGAAAUAGCUCUGUUAAAAAGCUUCAAAGAUGAUAUGCAGGAAAUCGGUGCCCUCUCAACCAGUCUAUCAGCGCAAGUUGCUGCGGUCUCCUCUAGACAGGAUGACACAGAAAACAGAUCAAGAAGAAAUAAUUUAUUAUUUUACGGAAUCAAUGACGCGACGUAG